UUGUGUUGCGCGUAUCAACGUUUAGUUUGCAACGAAACGAUUGGAAUUAUUACACAAACAUUGUUUUACGUUGGUAUACCAACUGUCAGUGUUACAAACAUUACAAAGACUGAAAAUUACGUGUUAAGUGUCAUUGGUGAGGUACGCUGUGAUUGGUCAAAAUGUGGUCUAUACCGAUUCCGGAAGGCCUGGUUAUGGACCCGAUGUCGCCCACAGCGCUUGCAGUCCCCAACGAAAUCAUGGAUCGCAUUGGCAGUGGGCUGAAUAUACUCAGGGAACACGGCAAGAAAGUUCAAAAGUAUCUUCUGAAGAAUAGAAAGUUUGAAGUUGCCAAGAAAUCAUUGACGUCAAUAGUGAACAUUGUUUUGAUUGAAGCCAAAGAUUUGCCAGACGCCCCGGGAAAUGGAUCUAGUGGUCUAUAUUGCAAAUUCAAGUUAGGUGGAGAAUCCCACAAAUCAAAACAGGUUCACAAGACAAAACCGAUAUGGCGUGAGAGGUUUAAUUUAUAUCUUUACGAUGACAACUCUCUAGAGGUCAACGUAUGGCACAAAACGAAGCAGAAAAAUUUUAUGGGAAGGUGCAUUAUCGACCUGUCUCAGCUCGAGAAGGAAAAGACGCACGAUCUAUGGCAAGAGUUGGAAUGCGGUUUCGGUUCAGUUCAUCUGCUGAUCACUCUUAGUGGAUCGGAGAGGUGCAUGGUCGCCGACAACGUGCUCACACUCACUGCAAAUGGUACACAUCAUGAACCACCUACGGAAGAAAAGUUUCAAUGGUACCGAUUUGACAAUUGGGGAGAAGUUGGCCAGUUAACCAUCACUGUACAUGGCGCUAAAGGGCUGACCGCGCUAAAUAUUAGUGGUAAUGUCAACGCCUACUGCGUGCUAGAAUUGGACAACUCAAGGAUCCAAACCCAUACUGUUCGAGGAAACUCGGAACAUAAUUGGAAUAAGAACUUCAACUUUUCUGUAAAUGACAUCACAUCAGCGUUAGACAUCACGUUAUACGAUGAAUCAAUAAUACAGUCAAUGAAAGGCGAAACAAUAGGAAAAGUUUCGAUACCUUUGUUAAGGAUAAAGAACAAUGAAAAACGUUGGUAUGCACUCAAAGACAGAUCGAAAAAAAACAGUGCCAGAGGAAACUGUCCGAGGAUACUUCUGGAAAUGUCACUUGUUUGGAAUCCGGUUAAGGCGUCAAUGCGCGUAUUAAGUCCGAAAGAAACAAAAUACAUUCAAAAGCCAGCUAAAUUUGACAUACCUCUUAUUUAUAGUAAUUUAAUAUUUGUCAAAAACAUAUUCAAAGUUUUCCAAAUUGGAAAUGAACACUUGAAGCGUGUUUUUGAAUGGGAAAAUCAAGAAAAAUCAAUCUGCGCAUUACUCGGAUGGCUGAUAUUUUGGUACUUCUUCAGAAUGUGGAUGACGCCUAUUUUGUUAACCUUGCCUUUUGCCCACUACUGGCUUACACAAAGAAACAAUAAUGUUCCCGUCCCGUUAUACCAAAUAGCUGACGAAGAAUAUCAAGAGGAAGAACCGGAAACUAAGGACGACAAGACGAUCAAAACACGGAUCAGUGAACUACAAGAUCUCACUUUAACAAUCAAGAAUGCUAUCGACUAUUUAGUUUCGCUUCUUGAAAGGAUAAAGAACUUGGUGAACUUCAGCGUUCCAUACUUGAGCUACUUGGUUAUCAUAACUCUGAUUGCCCUAUCGAUAGCUCUCUACCUUAUACCAGUCAACUAUUUAUUUAUGGCUCUUGGUACUUAUAAGUUUACUCGUAAGUUCUUAAAUCCAACGAGAGUUCCUAACAAUGAUCUGCUUGAUUUCAUAUCACGGGUUCCUGAUGAUGAGAUGUUGAAACAAUGGCGUGAACUAAAAGUUCCUGAGCCGAAUUUGAAUCAGUCAGAUCCAGCAAAAAGCAGAUAGUGAAGAAUCAAUAGACGAUGCAUUUAUUGGUUGAAACAUUGUUAUAUUUUGGAUACAGUGCCAUAUAGAGCAAGGCAAGGUAUAAAGAAGAUAAAUGGGACGAAACGAGCGUGCAAUACCUUAAGAUUCCUUUAGGGAUAAAUAGUCUGUAAUUUAAAUUUAAAAAAUUGCAUAUUCUUGUAUCAAGUUAUUUUGCCAGAUUUGUGGAAAAGGCGAGGAUUAGAAUGUAAGGGAUAUUAGAUUAAGAGAACUCUAAAAAGUUUAUUUAAAGACAAACCUAGAAUUAACAAAGUUAUGAGUACAGUAUAUAUUAUGCUACUCAAGGACAUCGCUCAACGAGCCAUGUAGCUGAAGACAAUGGGGUCUCAACGUGUUGAAAUGGAGACCUCGCAUCAGUAAACAUAGCGUUGGUUGAGCUUCGACAAGAGGGACGGACCACAUCAAAUGAGUCGAAGGGAGCGGCAUGGAAAAACUAUGUCCAGCUCUGGACAUCCAUUGGUUGCCAUGACGAUGAUUAAAGGAAUUAAAUGUUAGUGAAAAACACAAUUAGCAAAGUUUUUAUGGAUUAUGUACUAGAAUCACAUCGUACACCUAACUUUCAGUUUACUUUCGGUAGCACUGAAUAUUAAAAAACAAUAUUUAUUUAUUACAUCAUUAAAGUAAUUUAAAACUACGGACUACCUUAAAUUAGGGGUACUGAUAGACCUGAAGAUUUUAAAUGAUUGACGUUGGUAUUCUUGGUUGGGUUCUGGAACGCCUAACUCUUUCCAAUCUUUCUGAAAGUAAACAAAAUAAUGAAAUUGUUAAUUAAUUUCAUACCUAAUGCAACAACGUAAUUUAAGGCACCUGGAAAUAGGUAUAAAUAUUACUAUGCCAGUGGGAUAUGAAGAUUUAAGGUACUAAGCAUAAUACCCAAAACUAUUGUUGCACAUUUUUUUAUUAAAAACACUCCAAAUUUGAAAUGAAAAAUACGCUGUGACAGCCACAACAACAGCAGUUCUUACAGUUAAAAUCAUGUGAGGUUAAGCAUUACUAUGGCAACAGUAAUAAGUUUACGGUCCUAAAUAUUUUUUAAAAUAAUAAUUAUCUGACACGUUCACACGGACACACACAAAAGUGUAAAUAUGAUCUCAAAUCAAUCAUUUAGGGUUGUCAAUUUGUUAGAGUACUUUUAUAUGAGCAUUAUAUUAAUAUAAAAUAUGAGUAACUAGAAAAUAUAAAAGUAUUAAAAAAAACUGAUAACUCUAUAACUAUGGCUAGCUCAUAGGGGUCCGUUAAUACAAACACACAAGCACGUGUAAAUGUGAUGUCAAGUCAUUCAAUCAUGUCAGCUAUAUGGAAACUAAAUUAAUAUGAAAUUUAAAUUACUGGAAAUAAUAAUAUCGUUACUCUAAAUCGUGUAUUAGCGAUAUUUUUUAUAGAUGGUUUCCUAAGGCUAGUAACACUUUCCAAAUUGCCUUAUAUAAUACAAAAAUAUAGUUUUAUAAGUUAUAGGCUUUAUCUAAACUCAAAUAUAUUUAUUAACUCGUUUAACCGUGUUGUCGAGUCGAUAAAGACAUUUGUAAACUCUUGUUUAUAAAUUUGUUAACUAAACUGUGAUUUAUUAUGCAUUCGAAUUUAAGAAUAAGAACUUAUAGUUGUAAAAGAAACUUAGAGGUAGUAUUUAUAACUAAGUUAUUAACUUGUAAUACUGUGUAAUAGAGACUGAAAUAAGUUACCAAUUUCCUGCUAUCCGGUACUCUCGAAAGGAAGUCUAUUAAACCAUUAUUUAAAACUC